AUUCAUAUUUCAUAAUUCUCCAAUAAUAACAAUCCUAAUUCAUAUUUCUCCACAAUUUUUUUCUUUAAAAUGUGGAUCCUUUCGAUUUCUUCAUCUUCAACCUACUUUGGAUCGCCCACCAUUCGAUCCCACCACCCCCAUCGCCGUGGAUCAGACCUUAAUCUGAUCAGUCAUCUCCAUAACCAUAAGAGCUUGUCACUCCCAACUACCAAACCGAAUCUCAAAAACUCAACUUGUAGUCGUAGUAUGGCCAUUUUCAGCGCUGACUCCAUGGGACUUCCACCUUUUCUUCCUUUCUCCAAUACUCCUUCGCAAUUAUGGAUGGCUGGGGUGGUAUUGUCUGCAAUUCUAUCAAUUUGGAAGACAAAGAACUAUUGGAGGCCUUUUCUUAUGUUAAAAGAGAAAGUGGAUACAGUGGUGGAAAAGGCGGAGGAGGCGGCAGAAAUGGCGGAGACAACAGCGGAUGGAGUGGAUAAAGCGGCGGAAAAGAUUGCGGAACAUCUCCCCGACGGCAGCGAUCUCCAAAAGACUGCACAGUCCGUUGAUGAUGCAGCCAAAAAGAUCGGUAAGGACGCGGAUUUGGCCGGAGACUUUUGUGAAAAGGUUAGGCUUUUUUUUUCCAUAAACCCUAAAUUUAUCCCUUCAAUUUAUAUCUCAAAUAUUUCUCUUUAUGUUUAUGUUCGAAAGGUGAAUUGACAUUUUUAAUUCAUUCCCUUAAAAACACAAAUCAAAUAUAACAUAAAUUUAAUUAAAUAUCUAAGUUAACUCUAUAUUAUUCAUGAGAAAUUUUUUGUUGUAAUAUUUAAAAAUAAAAUACUUAUUUGUGAAUACAAUUUUUUGAAAAUAUAUAUAUAGAGUCAACUUAUUUUAUAUAUAUCUAUCUAUAUAUAUAGCAUCUAAUCAACGUGUUGUUCAUACAUUCAAUAUUUUGGUCAACAUCCAUAUUUAUCCAAGUAUUGAUUUUAAUUUUUGGUCCUUAAUUUGAGAAAUCAAUACCUCAACCAACGUGCUACUAAAUUACUUAAUUUCAUCAUUUGUUUCACAUGCAUCAUUAUUUUCAUGAAAUUAUUAAGACAUUUGUAAUUAGUUUUUAUAAGAAUUGUUUCCAAAUAAAGUAAAAUUAAUAGAAAAAUUUAUAAAAUAUUGUUAACUAUCACAGUCUAUCUACAAAUUACGACAAAAUAGACUGCUAUCUAUGUCUAUAUCUAUCAUGAUAGACACAAAUAGUAGAAUAUGGAUAUAUAUUAAAAUAAUUUUCCUUUUCAUCAUCUUUUUACUAAUAGAGUUGAGAUGACUUCAAGAAAAAAAAAUUGACAUCACAGAUUCACACUAUUCUAGUCCAUAACCACAUCGAUUUUUCUUUUAGUUUCAAUUUUCACUAUAAUUUUACAAAGACUAUAUUUUAGUAAUAGUUUUGAAAGGUUUAUGUAAGACUCACGAGGAUAAUGAAAUAUUUAUAUAUAAAAGCUUGAAUAGAAGACCUUUUGAUCACUUAGGCAUCUUGAUUGCUUAGAAAAGUGUUCUUUACUGUCUAUGGUAGGGUUUGGUUUUGUUAUUCGUAUGGGUACUUUCAAUUUUGUGCCUCCUCCUAUUUUUCAUCUAUAAAUUCUGUGUACCUUUAAUAUUGUAGGAAAAUUUAGGGUUUUAAUUACUAACUUGGUGUGAAAUUAAACUUAACUGAGUGCCUAGUUGACCUAACGUUUUAUCCUUGAAGAAUAAGGUUCUAAUUAACUCCCAUCACACAAUUGUUAUAUUAAAAAAUUAUUAAUGCAUUAUAUAUAUUUCAUAUGAUCAAUACAUUAUUAGUUUUAGCCACUUGUUUUAUGAGCACUACCAACCUAACCAAAUCACGUAAUCGACACUGCUCCAUUGAGAAAUCUAGUUCGCCCUAUUUCCAAAAGUCUUGCGCUCUUUUGUCCUUUUUCGGUUUUGAAUUAAUAACUAUCAAUUAUGUUGAUUAAUGGAAUGAUUUCAAUAUAUAUAUAUAUAUAUAUAUAUAUAUAUAUAUAUAUAUAUAUAUAUAUAUAUAUAUAUAUAUAUAUAUUCCACGAAUUGUUUGUUUAGAUUUUAUGACGUUCGAUACAAUAAUAAAGGAAUAUAAUAUAGAUUCUAUGUCAAAAUCAAUGUCAAUCGAGAAGAUAGUCAAAUUUAGUUCAUAAGCAGCAGUAUUAUGUCUCUCGAUUUUGCAAUUUAAAACUCUCAAUAAGAUGGUGUCUUUUGGAUUAGAAUCAAUUGACAAUUUUCUCUCACUUUCUAUUGUGAUUUCUUUCUGAAUGUAAACCUCAGUUUGAAACAGUGGAAGACGAGUUGAGUUCACUCAUUGAGCAUAGCGGAGAAGGUAAAGAAGAAGAUGACCCAAAGCAAAAGAAUGAGUAAAACUAUGACAAAGCUAUGGACGAAACAAGCAAGGAGCAACCUCUUUAUAUAUAUAUAUAUAUAUAUAUAUAUAUAUAUAUAUAUAUAUAUAUAUCGUGGAAUUUAUUUUUUAUCCAAUAAUUAUUAUCAACAACUCUUAGAUUAUUGGCUUGUAAACAUAGAGAUCAUAUCCAUUUUUAUACGGUACAUAACCGUUUAGGUUUUAUAGAUUACGAUAAGAUAUUUGAUAACAUUGGAUCCAUCUCAAAACCAUAUUAAAUAAAUAUUUAGUUUAAUCUCAAAAUCAAUUGACAAUAAGAUGAUGGAUCUUAAUUAUCAAGAGUGUUGAGAGUCUCUAAAUCUUUUAAUGUUAAGAUCAUGAUCAAUAAUUUGUAAGACUUCUUAAGUACUAUGUUGUAUUAAAUCUUUCUUGAGUAUCA